GAUUGUGAGAGCCACCAAUUCAAAUGCCUGAACAAGUGGUGCAUCUUGAAAGAGUUGCAGUGUGAUGGCAAGGACGAUUGCUAUGAUAAUUCGGACGAAAUGGACUGCUGUCAAGAGAGCAAACGCUGCAGAAAUGGAUUCAAAUGCAUCACUGGUCAGUGCAUCAGGAAGCGUCAGCAGUGUGAUGGAAAGUAUGAUUGUGCCGACGGAUCUGAUGAACUCAACUGCCUCAAGACAGGUUUCUUCACAAACGAUUUUGAGUGUGGUGAUGGUCGGUGUGUUGAGCUGAAGCUGAUCUGUGAUGGCUCAUACAACUGUCUCGAUGGAUCCGAUGAACUCAACUGCGAUAAAACUACAGAGGAGUGGAGGUGUGCGGACCAGCAGAAGUGCAUCCACGUGGAUUGGAGGUGUGACGGCAGACCCGAUUGUUACGAUGGCAGUGACGAGACCAACUGCGCGGCUUGCCAGGCGUACGAAUUUCGAUGUACGAAGGAUGACGUGUGCAUAGACGAGCGGAAGAAAUGUGAUGGAGUCCCUGAUUGUUCAGAUUAUGAAGACGAACAACAGUGUCCCGCACUACCGCCUGCCUAUCAAUGUUCACUCAAUGAGUUUGAUUGUGGUGGUGGUCAGUGUAUCGACCACACGCGUCGUUGUGAUGGGCGUCUCGAUUGCUACAACCAACUUGAUGAAUCCAGCUGUCCAAACGCCUGCCAAUUGAGCGAGUUCAUGUGUGUGGCUGACGGGACAUGCUUAGAUGAACGGAAGAAAUGUGAUGGAGUGUCUGACUGCUCGGAUAAUCAAGAUGAGGAGGGAUGUGCUGACUACCAAUGUCCACCACAUAAAUUUGACUGUGGUGGUGGUGGUCAGUGCGUUGAUUACGAGCAACGUUGUAACGGAUAUCCUGAUUGUCACAAUCAGGCUGAUGAAACUAACUCAGUCUGCCGAGCAGAAGAGUUCCUCUGCAGGAGGGAUGCCGCCUGCAUCGAUGGACGGAAAAGAUGCGAUGGAGUAACCGACUGCUCAGAUCGGGAAGAUGAACAGGAGUGCUCGGCCUACCAAUGUCCACCACAUGAAUUUGAUUGUGGUGGGGGUCAGUGCAUUGACCACAUGCGCCGUUGUGAUGGGCGUCCCGAUUGCUACAACCAACUUGAUGAAUUUGAUUGCACACAAGCGUACCAAUGUCCACCAAAUGAAUUUGAUUGUGGUGGCGGUCAGUGCAUCGACCACAUUCGACGUUGUGAUGGAUAUCAUGAUUGCUACAAUCAACUUGAUGAGGCUGGAUGCCCUGCAGCCUACCAAUGUCCACCCCACGAAUUUGACUGUGGUGGGGGCUACUGCAUCGACAACAUUCGACGCUGUGAUGGACAUGCUGACUGCUACAACCAGGCUGAUGAGUCUGGCUGUCCAAUAGCAGCCUGCCAAUCUGGCAAGUUUCUCUGUGUUGUUGACGGCACAUGCGUGGAGGAACAACGAAGAUGUGAUGGAGUGCCUGAUUGUUCUGACUACCAAGAUGAACUGGAGUGCACUGGCAGACCCCAAUGCCAGCCCAAUCAGUUCAGGUGCCAGGAUGGACGUUGCAUCGACAUUUCGUACAAGUGUGAUGGCUCCUUCGAUUGCCUCGAUAGGUCUGAUGAAAAAUCUUCCUGCGAGCCAAACCAGUUUGAGUGCGACGAUGGUUCGUGCAUCUCGAAGAUGUGGCUCUGCGAUGGAGAGAGGGAGUGUGCAGAUCAAUCGGACGAGUUGAACUGCGAAGGUUUGCUAAUGGAAAAGUUGUUGGGAGGAGUUUGUUGGAUGAGUGAAUGGUCCUGCGUAGUCGUGAAGUUAUUUUGA